AUGACACUUUCUGAAUUUACUUUCAAAUACGUGGCUCAGAAGUCUGUCAAAGGCCAGGUAUUGGCUCAAUUUCUUACCGACCACCCUUCUGUUGAAAUUGAAGAUAUGGAGAACGUUGAAAUAGAAACUGCACAAGUCGGCCAGAUGUAUCACGAGCCUUGGCUACUAUAUUUUGAUGGCUCAAGCACCAGUGACUCCGUCGGGGCAGGGAUAGUGAUUGAAUCUCCAACCGGCCAAAAGCAUCAAUAUGCCUUCAAACUGGACUUUAACUACACAAAUAACCAGGCUGAAUAUGAAGCCUUAAUAAUUGGUCUGGAAGUAUUGGAAGAGCUUAAAGCAACACGAGUUAAGGUGUUUGAGGACUCCCUGCUAAUCAUCAAUCAAAUGCUCCAGGUUCUUAGAUGUUCAAAUCUUUCGCUGGCCACUUAUUAUGCCGCAGCACAACAAUUGCUUAGUUGUUUUCAUGAUGUGGAAUUUCACCAUCUGCCGCGAGAACUCAAUCGUGAAGCGAAUGAAAUGACUCAUAUUGCUUCUGGUGUCAGCAUCCCGGAAGGCCAGACUAACAAAAUCAUCACAAUUGAGAGAAAAUCGUUGCCAUCUUUGGCCGAGAGAGGUUUGCCGGCCGAUGUCUUUGAGCUUGACGUACCACUUGAAAAAGUCCUGAUGAUGACCUCCUUCUUCAUUGCCUUGGCUCUGAAGAUGCUCAGCUCGUAA